GAUGCUUCCUGAACGUGGCUGAGACCGCAGCCGCCGGAAUAUGCCGCAGGGGGGCUGUUCUGCCAACGCCAGGGACCGUGUGAGGGAACCACCCAGCACCGGCCCAGGGAGGCAUGGUGACGACCUUCAAGAUUGCGGUGCUCGGGGCCCAAGGGGUGGGGAAGAGCGCCAUUGUUCGCCAGUUCCUGUACAACGAGUUCAACGAGACCUGUGUCCCCACCAAGACUCGCCGUGUCUUCCUGCCAGCUGUUGUCAUGAAUGGCCACGUCCACGAACUACAGAUCAUGGACUUCCCUCCCAUUUCUUCUUUUCCAGUCAAUACCCUACAAGAGUGGGCAGACUCAUGUUGCCGGGGGCUCAGGAGCGCACAUGCCUACAUACUCGUGUAUGACAUCUGUUGCUUUGACAGCUUUGAAUACAUCAAGACCCUAAGGCAACAGAUCCUGGAAACAAGAGUCAUUGGAACUUCUGAGACCCCCAUCAUUAUAGUGGGUAACAAGCGUGACCUACAGCGAGGCCGGGUCAUCCCACGCUGGAACGUGUCCCACCUGGUGAAAAAGACAUGGAAAUGUGGUUAUAUUGAGUGUUCAGCCAAGUAUAAUUGGCACAUAUUGCUACUUUUCAGUGAACUGCUAAAGAGCGUGGGCUGUGCGCGUUGCAAACAUGUUCAUGCUGCAAUACGCUUCCAAGGGGCCCUUCGCCGCAAUCGCUGCUCUGUCAUGUGAAGACCUCCUGUGUUCAGAUGAGAAGGCUGAUGCCUCUUUAGCUUCUGACACAACAGUACAAAAUUACUUGGUUUGACAGAGUUUGCUUCAACAAAUGAACACCUGCUAUGUGAUGAUACAGGAUCUGCCACAUGAUCCCAAUUUCAUAGGUUCAUAGGUAUUUCCAUCAGAUGUCAAAUGACCUUCCACCAGUACCUAUGGAAAAGAGUGACUUGCUUUAUAUAUAACACCUGGCUCAUUUGAUAGCACAGCAGCUACCUAGCAAUUUAGGUAGUCUUAAAGAAACUGAUCUGCAGUAUAAUUUCGGCUCACGGCUCACGGAGCAUCCAUUUCUACUGGAAACUGGGACCUGUGUGGUCUCUUUCAUGUUUUGUUGGCUUUGAUUUAAAUCUAACUAGCGUCUUCAAACAUUCUAGAAUGGAUUGUUGGGUAGUAGAGCCAAUUGCAGCAAAAUACUAAACCUCUCAGGCAGAUGGACCCCCUGUGUGCCCUCUCUAAGAGAAGGGUAUUGCGAUUACUUUUGGCUACCUGUGCUGUUCUUCUGAUCACACUCUUCCACUAUUCAUUACAGGGUAUGUAUCAAAGUAUAAGUAGUUCACCAAAUGUUAAAGUGACCUUGCCAGUGACAUUCUUUUCUUCUGCCUAUGUAUGAAACAACUGCUUCUUCAGUAUCAGCUUUUGCACUGUAAUAACUUGACUUUGCCAAGAUAUAUUUCAUACAUAGAUACAAUGUUGCUAUGGCACUAAUAAAAUCACUUUACUUUUGGGAGUGCCACUUUUAUUUUGAUCUACGAAGACUACUGUGCGUGUCUGGCUUAGGUUCUUCUCCAACCAUUUGGCAGGCAAUACAUGGAAUCACUAAACAUUGCUGUGUAUCACCAAGCACUCUAGCUAAAGGCACUGUAUGGCCUACGUAACUGUAACAUUUAUAGCUUGUCCUUCUUCCUUUGGGUACCUGGUUUACUGUUUGAACAACAGAAGGUUUGCGCACAAUUUACAAUGAGUUGAGGUGAGAUAAAACAUUUAAUCACACUGGUUUUACAAUUUGUUAUUUAACGAUUUAUUUAUUAUUAAAGGUUUAUUAUGAAGUUGUUAAAUGCAACUAAUCUAGUGUCCAUAAAGCACAGUUGGAUCCAUACUUAACUAUGAGGAUCCAAUUGCACAUUAUGGACACAGCAGGCUCCCGUGCUGCCAGAGACCAGCUUCUACAUUAAAGACCAAGGAUAAGGUGGCAGGUGGAAGUGACCACCUGCAUGUAAAUGACAUUUUUUCAAACAAACUCUCAAUUGAAAGAUUCUGCAAACAUUAGUUUUAUGUUAAGAUUUGCUUAACUGUUUUUUAAGGCUCAAAAAAAGUUUAUUGCUGCUCUAACUAUGCAUUAUGUUGGGCCAGCUCUGCUCUCCUGGCAAGAAAAACCUGCAGAAUCAAUACACUCCAAAGUGCAAAAGACCCUUUUUG